AUGGUUUCCCUUCUUGCAACCGUUCUUUGUCUUGCAGUGGCGCCACUUGCAACGGCAUAUCCAAAAGCUGAAGCUGUUGAAGCCAGAUGUGGGAAUAUUCCCAGCAACUAUCAGCCUCCUUCUAUUACCACCUUACCAGAUCCCUUUACGUUUAUCAAUGGCGACCGCGUCAAAUCGAAAAGGGAUUUCAGGUGCCGACAAAAGGAAAUUGCCGCUCUGUUUGCGCGAUUUGAGCUUGGUGAUAAGCCAGCUGCAGAUUCUGUGAAGGGCUCUUUUGCCAACAACAUCUUGACAGUUACAGUCACCAACAACAAGAAGUCGAUCGCAUUCAAUGCGACCAUCACAUAUCCCGAGAAGGGAAAGGCGCCAUACCCUGCUAUCAUAACUUUGGGAUAUCCAAACAUUCCGAAACUUGAUGGUGUUGCAUUCAUCAACUUCCCCAAUGAUCAGAUUGCCGGUCAAAUCGGCGCAAGCUAUCGUGGCCAAGGUCUGUUUUACGAACUUUACGGCAAGAAUGCUAGUGCAGGUUCCCUCACUGCCUGGGCUUGGGGUGUCAGCCGACUUAUCGACGCCUUGGAAGAAACCCGGGGGACAAAGAUCAAUGUCGAGUUCAUUGGCGUAACUGGCUGCUCCCGUAACGGCAAGGGCGCAUUCGUAGUUGGAGCUUUGGAUGACCGUAUUGGACUUACCAUUCCACAAGAAAGUGGAACAGGAGGAUCGGGCUGUUGGAGAGUAGCAGACGCAACGAAAGCUGCUGGCACCAACAUCCAAACUGCAGCCCAGAUCAUAACGGAGAACACUUGGCUCUCACAGCGGUUUGAUCCAUGGACGACAAAGGUCUCUUCGCUACCAAUCGAUCACCACCUACUCGCCGGACUCGUUGCACCACGUGGCUUGCUUGUCAUCGACAACGAUAUCGACUGGCUUGGCCCUACCAGUACCGCGGUCUGCAUGGGUGUCGGACAGCUCGUGUACAAAGCUUUGGGUGAGACUGAUGCAUUUGGGUAUUCAGACGUUGGAGCUCAUAACCAUUGCCUCUUCCCUGAUUCUCAGAAACCACAACUAGAAGCGUUUGUGAAGAAAUGGCUGUUUGAUAAAGAAGUUGAUACGGAUGGGGUGUUUGUUACCUCCCGAAACAUUACUUUGACAGACUGGUACAAAUGGAAGGUGCCUAGACUUUAUUAG